GGGGCUAAAGCUUGACCCUAAAUGAAGUAGGGUUUAUAAACCCAGAAACCCGUUUUCUCUCAUUCGAGUCCACAACCAAAAGCUUCUUCUCCUUCUUCCGGUAUCAGAAAUUUACAAUGGCGGAUAUCAUAAGCACUUUACCAGACGCGAUUCUCUGUCACAUUCUCUCUUUUCUUCAAACCGAACAAUCCGUCGCUACAAGCAUUCUCUCUAAGAGGUGGAACCAUCUAUGGCUCUCAGUUCCCACUCUGUGCUUCAAGGAGACAGUUUUGGACCGAAUCACAACUUCUGAGUUUAACGAUUUUGUAUACUCUGUUUUGGUUUCGCGAGAUUUCACACUUCCGAUCAAGACUUUCUAUCUUGACGUUACAUAUGAAUUUCCUGUUCCGUGUCCCAUUAUCAGUAUAACCAAAUGGCUCAACUUUGUCCUACAAACAAGAGUUGAGUACCUUCAUCUCCAUAUCAAUUCCUGGCAUCAUCCUCCCAAAUUGCCCCUCACCAUUCUCACUUGCAAAACACUUGUAGUUCUCAAGCUUUAUGGGUUUAGCGUGAAAGAGGUUUUUUCCUAUUCUUCUGUUCUACUUCCUUCUCUCAAAACCCUUCAUUUGGAAUAUAUUCGGCUCCCUAAACUUCAAGAUUUUAUUAUGUUUCUAUCUGGAUGUCCAAUUCUUGAGGAUUUAAGAACAUUUGAUGUGCUCAUUGGUUCCCUAAACUCCCAGGGUUUAACCUCUAAUGAGUGGAAGAGCUUUUGUUUAAGUAAAUUGACCAGAGCUGAUAUUCAAUGUGGUGCGAAUAAACCUUAUUUUCCGUUGAAAGCACUUCACAACACACAUUCUCUGCUCCUUAGAUUCCUUCGGGUACAUUACCGGAAUGAUUCGAUUCCUACCUUUCAUAAUUUGACCCAACUGAAGCUUGUUUCUCUUAAUUAUAAUUGGCGGUUCUUAGUUAAACUUCUCAACCAUUGCCCAAAGCUUCAAAGGCUUGACAUUGAUCAGGCUGACGUAGACAAGAAAAUACGGACUAAAAGAGAUGAUAGAGACGAUUGGGUAGACCCGGAUUUUGUUCCACAAUGCCUUUCAUUACACCUUACUACAUGCAAUCUAUUCAACUUCUUAGGCCUUCAAGGUGAGCUUCUGCUAGUAAGCUAUAUUUUGAGGAAUGCAGAAGUUUUACAAACCAUGCAAAUAAGCAAUGUUGGGCAGAAAGGAAUAAGAAGACUAAUAUCCUCAUGCCCGAGGGCCUCUACAACGUGUCAAGUUACAAUUAUCAACGUUUCAAUAGUUCAGAAAAACAGGUUGAAACAAAGAUGAUGGCAUGCUGUAAAUUUCACAUUGCAAGUUAAUGUCAUCUACUUUUUUGACUCAUUGGAAGGGUACGUUCCAUUAGUCUUUGCUGCCAUAUAUAUGGAAGGAAACCAUUGUAGGGAUAUUGAUUUUGGACAUGGAAGCUAUAUCCACUUUAUGAAGGUUAAGAGAGGUGUUGGAAUUGAACUCCAAAUAGAUCAUAUAGCUUAUUAGUAUUUUGAACAAAAAAUUUCUUGCUUGUUGAAAUAAAAAUGAUUCUGCAUUUAUUUUGAAGUUACUGAUAUAUGAACUGGAGAUGAUAUGGUCUUAAUUCAUGCAUAUGAAUAGUCUGAGUGAAUAGAAAAUAGGACUGAGCUCCAUGAUGGUGAUUCUCAUCUUCAAUAUAUGAGUACCUUUCUCCAUUAAUUUAACUUAUCCGCUUCAAAAUAAGCUGAUUUUAUGGUGCUCAUUGUGAUCAAAUGUGCAUUUGACCCUUGAUAGCAAGUUUUACCAUGUAUUUAAAUUCUCUUCUCAAGAGGUGAAUGUAGUAAAGAGAAUCACAGUCCAUACUUGAAAGUUAACUAAUUACCACGGUUUAGUACAUUAUUUGAGAGUUUUAUCCUGUUAGUUUGCCAUAUAUAACCCGGGUUAGACCUGAUGAUUGUAUUGAAAAAAUUACAUCUAUGAAAAUAUGUAACUUUUAAGAGCAUAUGUGAUCAAGUUAUCUAAGUCGGAGGGAAUAUUUAACUUUUAACAUGAUCCUGUUUAAUUAAUACUCUUAUUUGUAUUACUGGCUACUGCCUAUAUAACAAAAAUUUUGUGAUGCAGGUUAAAUAUUCGGUUUCAUGAAAUGUCUUUCAUAUUGUUUCUUUUAAUAGGGUAUCAAAAGUUCGGUGAGAGUCAAUCUUAUACUGUGUUUAUUUGGUGGAUGUAUUGUGUUUAUUUGGUGGAUCCAUUGUUCUUGGGUAAAAAUAUUUUAAACAAACUUUACUCCAACUUCGAUUUGUCCCUAAUUAAUUAUCGUACUCAUUCUGCACCCUUUUCAACAGAUUUUAACACGGGUCCUACCGCCAUUUGUUCAGACAACCAU